CUCACCCCAAACAGACGCAAGAACAAGAAGACGUUGCUCAAGAAGGAGAAAUGCUCGAAACAGAAGUCCCCGUGGCUACCCUGACCCUGAUGCCGAACCGUCGAGACAUACACGCAUCGACGCAAAUACCAACGCUGGAGCUACCAACUGAGGCAAGGAACCAAGAAGAUUUAUUUAAAAGAAGUUGUGUGUAUGCAAAGAAGAAUAGAAAUAAUUUCAAUAUGAAGAAACUUCAGCAAAAACUGAGUGACCAUAGUCGCGACAGACUUAGUGAAACUCGGUGUAUUGCUGAGACAGAAACACAGGAUAUUGUCCAUAGUAACGAGAACUUACGUUCGUUAGAUCUAUCAAAUAACCAGAUAACUGAACUUCCUUGUCAACUUGCAACAAAGUUAUCAGCAAUAGAGACGAUAGAUGUAUGCAAUAAUCCAUUGGCGACAAGUCAAAUUGAUCUGGUGUAUGUUUCAUCCGGGGUACCGUCGUUGAGUGAUCUCGUAUUCCGGUAUUUGGUAAAUAAAGAUUAUCGAUUUAUAAACAGCAAGAAUGGGGAGUUACCGAAUGUAAUAGGCAGUCUUCCGAGUGUGUUGAAAGAGAGAUUGAUCAAUGAAUGGCAUCCAAUAUGCGCAGCGUGUGAUAGUGUUCAUUUGGAGCCAGUCGCUACGAUGAGGCUGUUAAAGUGGAUUUGCUUAGUUCCCAAUGUGCCACUGAGAUAUGAUUUGUGUUCUGUGAGAUGUGCGCGAAAGAUGAAAGUGGAAAUAGAAAAAGAGAGAGAAGAUGUCAAGGAAAGGUUGAAAAGACGUAGAGAGAGGUUUGGGAUUGGUGUUGGGACAGGAGAGAGUGGGGAAUACGGGGAGUGGGAAUAA